AUGUCUCGCUUCUUCCCACACACUGCCUACGCUGAGGACCAACCCUUGGCCCGCACCGUCCUUACCACGCACGUGCUCACCCGCGCCGUCACGACAGGUACCAUCGUCGGUGUCACCGUCGCCACGGCCCGCCACAUCAUCCCGUCGCUGCGACGGCCUGGUACCUUGCCGGCCAAGGUUCUCCGCGCCUCGGUGACGGGAAGUCUCGUGGGCCUCGGCCUCACGUCUGUCGCCCUCGUCGCUCGCAUGCACGGCCGCGAGGACAUCGAGUGGCGCGACCGCAGCUGGCGUCUGCUCGAGAACGAGGGCCAGCUGGAGACGGACGAUUGGACGUACGUCGGCAUGGGAGCGGCCGCUGCCGCCGCCAUUGGCACGGGCAAGGUGAAUGCCUUGGGGUACAAGGCCCUCGUUGGUGCCAUGGGUCUCGGCAGCGUCGGUGGCAUGGUUGGAUACAUGAUCUGGAGAUACGGCAUCUAUCAUGGCAAGUUUCCCGAGAGGAAGACGACGGAACGAACUGGGGGCAUCUAA